AUGCUGGAGGGCCCAAUUAUCACACCGUUCCUCGGCGCGCUCCAAGCAUGUGUCUCAGUCCUCCUUACCAUGAGCUAUGGAGCCAUAGCCGAACGGCUUCGACUGGUGAAGGAGAGCUCAAUAAGUGAUAUGGCCGGUCUGAGCGUGAAGCUCUUUCUUCCAGCUUUAAUUGUUGUCCAUCUAGGCGAACAACUGCAUGCGGACAUUGUCCUGAACUAUGUUCCUGUCUUAGUAUGGGCGGCUCUGUAUACCUCUGCCUCCAUCGGACUCGCUCACGCUGUAUCACGAGGCCUGGGACUCCCAGUUUGGGUAACGCCUGCAUGCGCAUUCAACAACACCACCUCGCUGCCAUUGCUCCUCCUGCAAUCUCUGGAGAGCGUGGGAAGUUUGAAACUGAUCAUUCCAGACGGUGACUCCAUGUCCGACGCGAUUGCCCGCGCUCAGAGCUAUUUCCUCCUCUGCGCUGUCGUCAGCAAGACCAUCGGCUACGCCGUCGGACCCAAGAUGCUCCAGAAUGGCAAUGACCAGGACGAAGGGAGAGAUGCACAGGAUACCGACGCUGAAGCAGGACAGAGCGGCGACGAUGACGACGACGCAGACAACGACGGGGAAGCCGACGAGGAGACCUCGCUUCUGCCGGAGCGCGCGCAAAAGGCCCGGCGCAAGGUCUCCAGCAAGUUCAGGCGUGUAGGCCGCUGGGUGUCAGCUUUCUUGCCCAAGCGUGUGAAGCAGGAACUGAUGGCGCCGUUUGAGUCGCCGUUUGCCGACGUUGCGAUCUUAUGCACUAUCAUCGGUGCUACGCUUGGUCUCGUCCCUCAGUUGCACAGAGCAUUCUUCAGACCCUACGAGGAAGGCGGGAUCUUCAACGCCUGGCUUACGUCGAGCGUUAAGAAUAUCGGCAAGUUGUUCACGACCUUACAGAUCUUCGUUGUGGGUGGAAAACUGGGUGCUAGCUUCCAGAGGAUGAAGGCCAGUGGUAAUUCCGGGGAGAUACCUAAGAAAGCAAUUGUGACAAUCUUCCUGGUUCGCCUUGUCAUUUGGCCUGCAAUCAGCAUCUCCCUCAUCUACAUGCUGGCCAAACGAACGAGCCUUGUCCGCUACGAUCCAAUCUUGUGGUUCAGCUUGAUGCUGAUGCCAGCUGGGCCUCCUGCAUUGGUGAUAUCAGGCUUUGCAGAGCUGGCAAAGAUUUCAGAAGCAGAAAAGAUGGCCGUCGCAAAGACUCUGACUGUCAUGUAUAUGCUCUCGCCAUUUGUAUGUUUUACCAUUACAGGCGCUUUGAUGGCAUCCCGAGCAGCCUUGGAUGGAGGAAGGGCAGAUCUACCGAUCUUCGACCUGGCAGACAACUCUUCCUCUAAUACACCCUCCUCCGUCGCUCCCGACCGCCCCAACCUUCCUAUCCCACUCGAGCCCACGUCAUUUACUUCCGCUCCUCCUCCGAGGAGCUCUACGGACGGCAUCCCAUCGUCAUCACGGUUAGAGUCAAGUGCUGGGAGUAACAGUACAGCACCUUCUAUCGACAAUCCUCCUACAUCCGCUGCUCCCCGCCGUCGACGUUUCAGUACGAUCGAUACAUCUGCUUCCACUGGGGGAACAGGAGGUGUUUCGGGAAAUUACACUCCUUGUCAGGAACAGGCCUCCGUUCAGUCUCAUACUUCGCCGGAAGAACACCCACCGUUCCCCAAGCGCAGGCGCCUGGCAAACAUGCGGCCCGAUGGUAUCUCCAGUGCAAAUGGCUUCUCCCAAGCGUCAAACGGCCUGAGUGCAUCUCCGUCGCGGAAGACCGUCUUUGCUCACUCUUCCAACAGCCAGCCAGCACACUCCUCCUCAAAUGGCGAAUCUCAGAAGAAUGGCUCCUCGAAAACAUCGAAGAAGUCUUCCUCUUAUUUCGGGCACGACCGAGAAGAAGUGACUAGGAUACUGAUACAAAGUCUGUAUGAGCUAGGAUACGACGGAGCUGCCUCGCUACUUUCCAUGGAAAGCGGCUAUCAGCUGGAAAGUCCGGCAGUUGGUAUAUUCAGGAAGGCAGUUCUUGAGGGGCGUUGGGCUGAGGCGGAGGAUAUCCUGAUUCAAUCAUUCACCCCUGAUGCAGAUGUGCGAGAUACAGGCUUCAGCUCUGGGAAACCUGAAACCACAGAGAAGCUGCUAUUGGUGGAAAAUGCUGAGAAGAAUGAGAUGCUAUUCUAUCUGCGGCAACAAAAGUUUCUCGAAUUGUUAGAAGCACGAGAUCUUGGCUCGGCCUUGACCGUGCUUCGGCACGAACUGACCCCUCUUAACUAUGACGUUGGACGCCUUCAUGCCCUUUCGAGCUUGUUGAUGUGUCCUCCUGAGCAUCUGCAUAACCAAGCUGGCUGGGAAGGGCCCAUAAGUUCUUCUCGAGAGCGGUUAUUAUCUGAACUCUCAAAAUCCAUAUCCCCAUCCGUGAUGAUUCCAAACAACCGUCUUGCGAUUUUGCUAAAUCAUGUCAAGCAAAAUCAAAUAAACAGGUGCUUAUAUCAUAAUACUGCAACCCCUCCGUCGCUAUAUUCGGAUCAUAUGUGCGAUAGAAAUGAUUUUCCACUCCGUACCGCAGUCGAACUAAGUCAGCAUUCAGAUGAGGUCUGGUAUUGCCAAUUUUCCCAUGAUGGCUCAAAGUUGGUCACGGCCGGGCGGGACCGUCAUGUAUACAUCUACGACACAACCAACUUUUCUGUGUACCGGCAGUUGGAGAAGCACGAGGAGGGUGUUGCCCACGUCAGUUGGAGUCCUGAUGAUACUAAGCUCAUUACGUGCUCCCAGGAUAAGAAAGCCCGCGUGUGGAGUGUUGAGACCGGCCGCUGCCUUCUGACCAUCAAUCAUCAUCGGCAGCCCGUAACGGCUGCCGUAUGGGCUGCAGAUGGGGAGUCAUUUGUGACAGCGUCCCUUGAUUUAAGCUCCCAACUGUGCCACUGGAGCAUGCGAGGCGAUCCCCUGUAUACAUGGCAUGGUGGCUUCAGGGUUCAAGAUUGCGCCAUCACUCCCGAUGGACGCCGACUGAUCGCUGCGGAUGUCGAGGAAAAAAUUCAUGUUUAUGACUUUGCGACUCACGAGGAGGAAUAUUGUCUCGCACUGAAGAGCAAACCCACUUCUGUCGCUGUCAGCAGAGAUUCACGAUAUAUGCUUGUGAACCUGUCUGAAGGUCAGAUACAGCUGAUCGACCUUGACACUACAGAGGUUAUCAGGCGUUUCCAGGGACAAAAACAGGGUCAUUUCGUCAUCAGAAGCGCCUUUGGUGGCGCAGGUGAAAACUUUGUUGUCAGUGGUAGCGAAGAUUCUCGGGUCUACAUAUGGCACAAAGAAAAUGGUACGCUAGUAGAAACGUUGGAGGGUCAUAUUUCAGGUUGUGUCAACGCGAUAUCCUGGAAUCCUACAAAUCCUGGAAUGUUUGCAUCCGCAGGUGAUGACUGCUUUGUCAGAAUCUGGACCCGCGAACGUGACAUGCAGCGAUAUGCCCCAGCUAGUAAAAGAGAGGCGGUAUCAGUGAAUGGCUCUGCACGAACGAGUGCACUACGAUCAACGUCAAGUUUCUGA